AGCCUGGCCCAAGAGCCAGGGAUUCCGACCCUCUUGCGGCCCGCUGCUUAUCGCACACCUCUGCAGCUGCGGUCUUGUGGACCACCUGGGCCUCCGCGCGGCUUCCAAGAUGUCGGCGCCCGGGGGCGGCGCGCUGGCUGCGAAGUGCUCGUGCUGGAGUUGCUGCGACGGCAGCGCCGUGGGGCAGGAGGCCGGCGAGGUCGCAGGGGAGACGCAGCAGCCGCACCUGCCCGAGUUGGAGGAGGUGGAAGUGACGGAGCGGAAGCAGGAGCGGUGGGAGGAGUGCGGCGGCCUUGAGCUCGACCCCGUGCUCGGCAGCGGGGCGGUUGUCCUGGUGGACGCGGAGUGGAUGGUGGAGCGGGCGGGCUCCGGCGGAACCCUCGAGCCGCGCCAGGCCUUGCCGCCGACUGCGUUCAUGCCCCACAGCGGGGUCAAAGCUGCCACACCUGACAAAAAAGGCAUUGUGCCACUGCUGCACGUCGCUUGUAUCUCACACUGUUGGUUGCAAGCUAAUCACCCCGACCCUCACGGCCACAACCUGCGCAUCCUGAGCCGGGCUUUGCAGCUGCUGUUCGCAGAUCGUUGUGAAGGAAUUUGUUUCAAUGGCCGCUGGGCAGUGUUCAUGGAUUUCUGUUGCAUUCACCAGAACUGCAGGGAUUGCGAGGGCUCCCCUCAGCGGUGCACGUAUCAGCGGCUCGAAGGUUCCGAGUGCUUUGAGAUGCCUUGGGCAGCCUUGGGAGUUUCUACUCCCACCCCGCCACAGUCGUAUUCAUGUUGACACGAUUCCCCGACGAUUACGACAAUUUUGCAAAAUACACCCGAUCUGGCAACAUUGCACCUUAUUUCGACCGCGGCUGGUGUUUUUGCGAGUCCUCAUGGGCAAUGUUGACGAAGCCUUCGUCUUUGUUGGUGGACCUCGGACUAGCCACUGGAGACGAGAAAUCCUAUUAUGGCUUUGGUCACCUUUCGCUGAUGCACACGGGGUCCGCAGGGCGGAAGGCGCCGGCCUUGCCCGACGCCUUCGAAGCGGAGCUCCGCAGCAAGGACUUCACGAACGGCAAGGACGAUCGCCCACGGGUUGCCGAGCUGUACCGGUCGGCGUUCGCGCAGCGCUUCGAGUCCGCAGAGUCGCUGCUCUACAAGGACCUGGGAUGGGGGGACGAGGAGGUCAGGCAGGUGGUCGCGGUGCUUGCUGCGGUCGCCCUGCCGCGCCUGCAGAUGCUCAACCUCAGUGAGAACAACGUGGGGGACGAGGGCGCGGCCGCCCUGGCGGCGGCCCUCCGGGCCCCGGGCGCCCUGCCGAGCCUGCAGGAGCUCCACCUCGGCCGCAACCGCGUGGGGGACGAGGGCGCGGCCGCCCUGGCGGCGGCCCUCCGGGCCCCGGGCGCCCUGCCGAGCCUGCAGACGCUCAACCUCAGGUUCAACCGCGUGGGGGACGAGGGCGCGGCCGCCCUGGCGGCGGCCCUCCGGGCCCCGGGCGCCCUGCCGAGCCUGCAGACGCUCAACCUCAUGAGCAACCGCGUGGGGGACGAGGGCG